AUGCCGGAACAAUCUUUAAUUAUCAGUGAAAUUAGCGAAGAAAUAACUACUGAAAAUGGUGCGGAUACCUCAGUAGUCGAUGCCAGUGAAGCUACACCAGAGAUUAAGGCAACAUCACCAACAGAAUUGAAACAAACGCCAACUUCCAAUUAUGAUCUCAAUAAAUUUCAAUUGCAUCGAAUACUUAAUAAUAAUACACGCAAUAAGAGUAUAGCUCUGUUGGGUAGCUUUCCCAAUAUAUCGGAUACGGAUAAUGCUAUUGUGAUUUUGGAAAAGCAUGCUUUUCGGGAAAGCGAUGUGUCCACCACGACGGCUAAGGAUAAGGAAAAUAAUGAUCAAGUAGGUGAAAGUACAAAAAAUGGCUCCAAGCUUGUGGCCCCUGGUCGUGGUUCAUAUUUUGGUAAUGAUCUAAAGGUACAAACGGAUUUUAUUAACAAUGUCUAUGGCAGUUAUCAGUGUACACCACCGGCUGAAUUAAAUGGUGUCAAGGCCACCGUGGUGUAUCCGGCCACUGAAAAACACAUUGAAAAAUAUUCCAUUUGCCAAAAAUAUUUAAUUAAUGAAACCCCGGAAUAUUAUAAGGAUAUUACACUGCCGUAUAUAACUUCAUCGCAAUUUUCAUUGGAGUGGGUCUACAACAUUCUGGAACAUAAACAAGAAACGGAACGCAUAAUUUACGAAGAUUCCGACAAGGAAACAGGUUUCAUUCUCUUGCCCGAUCUCAAAUGGGAUGGUCGAAAUGUUGAAAAUCUCUACGUUUUGGCAAUUACCCAUAAACAUGAUAUCAAAUCGAUACGAGAUCUUAAUGCAUCACAUUUACCCUUACUGCGUAAUAUACGCAAUCGAACUUCGGAAGCUGUAGAAAAACGUUAUGGUUUAGCUGCAUCCCAACUGCGUAUGUAUUUCCACUAUCAACCAUCGUUUUAUCAUUUGCAUCUGCACAUAAAUCCCAUACGCAAUGAUGCACCCGGCAUUUGGUGUGAAAAAUCCCAUAUGCUUGAUACGGUUAUUAAUAAUUUGGAAUUAAUGUCAGAUUAUUAUGCUCGAGCAACACUGCCAUUUGUUUUGUAUGAAGGUAAUAAACUGUUGGAAUUGUAUGAGGAGGAAAUCGAUAUACGAAAGGCACCGAAACGUUUGGCUGAUCAUGAUCAUGUGGAGAAGGAGGAGGACGGAAUUGAAGUUAAAAAACCUAAACUUGAAACAGCUGAUGAUAAUGUUAGUACAACCGAUAAGGUGACAAGUGCAUCAUAA